UAUUUUUUGGGGGGUACAUUUUAACGAAUUAAUAUGUAUAUACAGUCAUGUAAAUGUACUGGUAGAGAUAUUGUAUACAAUUAAGGGACUUGUGGUGUUGAUCAAAAUGAUUAAAUCCAUCCUCAUCAACAGAUGAAUCUAUCUAAUUUGACUAGUUGUGUCUACCUCUGAUGAAGUCUUGUUCCUGUAACGUUAGCUGCAUGCUGAGAAACCAAAUGACUGAACCACAGAAUUUUCUAAACUAUCUUUGACUGAACUGUGUUCUCGUUCUACAUAAACAUUUGAUUGUCUUGCAAAUGCUGUAAUUAAUUUGCCAUUCAAGCAGUAUUAUGUUGCCCUUGAAGGAGAAAGAUAGACCAAUAGUGAAGAAGCUGCUGGAAGCAGGAUGCUGCGCCCGCUGUGUCCUGAGGUUCUGCUGCUUGGGUGUGCAGUCGGCCUACCGCCAGUCUUAUGAGGAUACAGCAAGGGAACUUUGUGCUUUUGUCAGUGAUUCAGAGAAUAACGAAUCCCAAGAUGCAGCCGUGCUGGAGCAGCACAAAGAAGACCCCCCUAGUAAAAAAAUGAAGAUGGAUGCCGCAAAGACGGACGUCCACUCAGAAGGCGACUCUGCUGUGGUUGCCACGGUGAUGGAGGAAGGCGACGCCGAGCCAGCGGACUCGGACGUGUGUGUGGUGUGCCUGGGAGUUUUACAGCAGUUCUGUGAUGAAGCCUAUGCCAUAAAGAUAUCGGAGGUGGUGAAGGCCAAAAACUACCAGUUUGACACAAUGGUACUGUCCGUCUCCCUACCGGCCCAGCUGUCUGUCAGAGAGCACUCUUGUUGGCUGCAUGUAAAGAAGGAAGUGAGGGAGAAGUCUAUGUGCCUCGAUAUGGAUGAUGUCAUCCAGGUGAAGGAGGCUUUCAAGUGGACCAUGCAGGGUCUGGUGUCCAAAGAGCUGGGGGGCAUACCUGUGGUGACCAAGAUCAAUCGACAAACUGAACAGUUUGAGGUGGGCGUGGGGUUUACACACCCAGAGACAGACUCAGACUGCCACUUCCUGGCUGGCAUCUGUUCAGACUGCUUCAGACCAACUAAGAACAAACAGAAUGUCUUCACUAGAAUGGCCGUGGUCAAAGCCCUCGAGAAGGUUUCUGAUGAGAAGUUUCUAAAAAAGUUCCCAUGUCCCCCUACAAGGCCAGCGAGCAAAUGCAUCGCUCAAGAUGUCCAGUGUCUUCACGUUUCUGUAUUUGUGGCGGGGAGGUACAACAAGUUCUCCCGCACCCUGCCCCAGACCCCCUGGGUGAUUGACGGAGAGAGGAGGAUGGAGUCCUCGGUGGAGGAGCUAAUCGCUGCCCCCCUCCUCUCCUCUUUCCGGGCCGAGGGGUUUAAUUUCUCCUCCUCAGGAAGGGAGGACGUGGAUGUGCGGACACUUGGAAAUGGUCGUCCGUUUGCACUGGAGCUGCUAAAUCCUCACAGAGCCAGGUUCAAUAAGGCAGAAGUCCGACAGCUGCAGGAGACCAUCAACCAGUCCUCUGACAAAAUCCGAGUACGAGAUCUACAGAUCGUAAGCAGAGAUGCUAUGGGCCACAUGAAGGAGGGUGAGGAGGACAAGACCAAGUCGUACACCGCCCUCAUAUGGACCCAGAAAGCCAUCAACAAAGACGACAUCACGUUCUUAGAGGAAACCAAAGAGUUGAAGCUAGCUCAGAAGACGCCACUAAGAGUGUUGCAUCGCAGGCCGCUGGCCGUCAGAGAGCGCGUCAUCCACACCAUGAGUACAUGCUUCCUGGACGCGCAUCACUUCCACCUGAAGCUGCGCACGCAGGCAGGGACUUACAUCAAGGAGUUUGUCCACGGAGACUUUGGUCGCACCAAACCCAAUCUGUGUGAUCUGCUGAAGACUGAGACUGAUAUCCUAGAGCUGGACGUUGAGUCUGUAGAUGUGGACUGGCCACCCUCCAUCCCGGAGUGAGCCUCGUCUCACUGAUGCUGUUGGGGAUGCCAAAAGGAGCCCUAGUUCUGAUGGGCCAUACCUUCACCAAUUGGACCCCCACCAACUCUGUUUAGCUCAGUUCCACUGAUCUCUAGAUGAUAUGGAUAGUGUCAAUAUAUUUGUUUGUUUUUCUUGAGGUCAAUACAGAUGAUUUUGAAAUGACUGAAUCUGUGCAGCACGUGCACUAAGCUGAGGCCUUGAACUGAUCUUAGAUAUACAUGUCUUUGAGAGGCAUAGCAGGGACUGGGUGUGAAUGGCACUGCUGAUGGAUAGAACUACAAUCCAAGUUAAUUGCACCCUGGUGUCCCAAGUCUGAAUUAGUCCCUUAUUAGGAGAGGAUGAAAAGCAGAAGUGUUUCAGCCCUCCAGGACAGACAUUGAACAGCCCUUUUAUAGAGCAUCGCAGUAGUAUAUGGUCAGUAUUUUGUGUUUAUUUUCCUCAGUUGAUUUACAGAGGUUUUUGUUCAGCCUUAAAAUCUAUUGUUUACCCAUGGAUUGUCCCAUAGGCAAAAGUAAUGCUAUACUUUUUUGUAUGAAUGAAAAUAUUUGAUUGUGAUGUCUUCCAUCAGCAUAAUGUUCCCCAUUGUACAUCCCAUCCAAAUAAAGACCUGGGUUAUGUU